ACCGACACACUGAUGCUGAGUCGGGUCUUCCCCGUCCCGCGCUCCACCGGCCGGCGGGGCCGCACCCACGGCAGCAGCGGAACGAGUCUGGACGAGUCGUGCAGCUCCACCGGCAGCGAGCUGUCCCUACUGAGGCUGGACGGCGUCGGCUCCUCGCCCACCCACCCCAGGUCCUGCAGUAUGGACUGUCCGCCGCCGGUGGGCCGCCCGAGCGAGGACUCGGGGCUGAGCAGCGUCGACAGCUUCAUGGGGCCGCCGUCGUGCCUGCCGACGCCCUACGGCACGCCCAUCUCGACUCAGGGCUCCGGCGCAUCGCUGGGCUCGCACGGCUCACUCCACCGGCACUCACUGCUGCGGCCCGUCGGCUCCUCCGACCUGGUGGUGACGUCACGCGAUGACGUCAGCCUGCGCGUGACGUCACGGACCCGGCUGGCGGUGGGCGUGCUGGUGACGCUGUCCGGGCCGGGCCGCAGUGUUCUGGAGGACACGCUGCUGCAGUACUCUGUCCAGCUGGAGCACCUGCUGGCGCGGCUACAGCUUAGCGUGGAGCGGGCGUACCCCAACCGGCGACACUUCGUCCGGACCGUGUACCAGGCGACUGGCGCUGCCAGACAGGACCUGCUGAACCUGCUGUCGGCGCCGCGCCUGCCGCGUCCCGUCUGGCUGGGUUUGACGUCAGACAGCGUGACGUCGCACCAGCGUCACCGUCUGGCGGCGCUGUUCGUGGCCGAGCUGACGUCGCUCGUCGCCGAGUUCGACACCAAGGAGAACAACUGCUUCGUCACAACGGUGCUGACGGCCGUGCUGACGCACCACCUGAACUGGGUGACGACGGUGGCGCCGCGUGGCGGCGGUGCCGGCGGCAGACUGGACGGCGCCGCCGGCCACCCGCCGCGACCGGCCCGCACCCUGGUGGUCGGCCAGCGAACUGAGAUCAUCGGCCGCUUCCUGCUUGGGCUGCGGAUGGGACCGGGCGCCGACUCCCGGCCGCCGCUGGUGUGCUCGGCUGAGGAGCACCGCUGA